CUGUCAUCCAAGCAACCGAGCAGUUGUCUUCUUCUUUGCAGCCGAAGUUCAUCCAUGAUUUCUAGCCGCCAAAGUUCCCCAAUGUCUUCCAAUUACCCAAGCCAUAAAAACCAUACCUCAAAUGGCUUUCAUCAAGGCCAAGUGGUAGUGGUGGCUGUACCUUUUCCAGCUCAAGGCCAUCUCAACCAGCUUCUUCAUCUCUCUCGCCUGAUCUUGGCACACAAUAUACCAAUUCAUUAUGUUGGCACAGCCACCCACAAUCGUCAGGCCACAGUUCGGGUCCAAGGUUGGGACCCAAAAUCCAUUUCAAACAUCCAUUUUCAUGACUUCGAAGUUCCUCCUUUCGUUACCCCUCCUCCCAACCCCAAUUCAGAAACCAAGUUCCCUUCUCAUCUCCUUCCUUCCUUUGAGGCCUCCUCACAUCUACGCGAGCCCGUGGCUGCACUUCUGCGAUCCCUUUCAUCUGUUUCUAGAAGGGUUGUUGUGAUCCAUGACUCCCUAAUGGCAUCUGUGGUGCAAGAUGCCACUGAAAUUGCAAAUGUUGAGAGCUACACUUUCCACAGCGUCUCUGCCUUUACCAUGUUCUUGCAUCUCUGGGAGGAAAUGCGAAAACCUUUGAUAGAAAGCACUCAUAUCCCUAAAGAAGUUCCUUCUCUUGAAGGGUGCUUCCCAAACCGAUUCCUAGAUUUCAUUGCUUCACAGUAUACAUUCCAUAAAUUCAGUGAAGGGUACCUUUACAACACAAACAGGGCAGUAGAAGGUCCCUACAUGGAGUUAAUAGAACGAAUCAGCGGUAGCAAGAAGCACUGGGCUCUAGGACCGCUCAACCCUUUAACCAUCGAGAAGAAAAGUAACGAGGCCAGGCACUUCAGCUUGGAGUGGCUGAAACAGAAACCAAAGUCAGUGAUAUAUGUAUCUUUUGGGACAACAACGGCCUUCACAGAGGAACAACUCAAGCAGCUGGCGAUCGGAUUGGAACGAAGCGAGCAGAAGUUCAUCUGGGUACUGAGAGACGCUGAUAAAGGCGACGUCUUUAAUGGAGAAGUUAGACGAGCUGAGCUUCCGAGGGGAUUUGAAGAGAGAGCCGAAGGCAUCGGAUUGGUGGUGAGAACCUGGGCACCCCAAUUGGAAAUUCUAAGCCACCCUUCAACGGGAGGGUUUAUGAGUCACUGCGGGUGGAAUUCAAGCAUGGAGAGCAUCACUAUGGGGGUACCAAUAGCAGCAUGGCCUAUGCACUCGGACCAGCCAAGGAAUAGAGUUCUGAUGACACAGGUGCUCAAGGUUGGUGUGGUUGUCAAGGAUUGGGCUCGCAGAGAUGAGAUCGUUACCGCUUCAGAUAUUGAGAAUGCUGUGAGGAGAUUGAUGACGACAAAGGAAGGUGAUGAAAUGAGGAAGAGGGCAAUGAACCUCAAAAAUGCUGUGCGAAGGUCGACGGAUGAAGGAGGAGCUUCACGUCUGGAAAUGGAUGCUUUCAUUGCUCAUAUCACUAGAUAGUGUGGUUCUACUUGCACACUGGUUCUUGUGCCUUGCCCACCAAAUAAUUUUAUCCAAAUAGAAUGGGGCAGCUUUCAUUGUAUGCGAAGGUCAGAAAAACCUUGGCACCAGACCGAAAGGCUCUGCUCUUUCUGUGUCCUUGUGAAGGUUUCCUCAACGACUGUUAUUUUGUCCUCCAUUUCCAAAUUCCAAUCCAGUCAUCCAGAUCUUGAGCAUUUUCCCUCCACUAAUCAGGUGAGUGCGUAUGUAUAUAUAUAUAUAUAUAUAUAUGUAUAAACUUUUGUUUGAUGUUUCAAUCAAAGUGUAAAAAUGAUCAUAUCACAAGUUUGCCUAUAUUGCCAUUACAUUAUUCCUGCUAUU